CAUCAUAUAUAACAGGAUAUAUCAGUGGCGCGAAAAACGCACUGUGUGGCUGUGACCGACAGAGUUGCAGGCUGGAAAGCGUGUGAAUAAAUAAGUGGUUUUAAAUCGUUCCACCCUCACACCCAGAGCUAAGUCACCGUUCGGCACCGGGUGUUUUCCGGAUCCCUAACUGUGGAGUUUGCCUUUCCUGGAGGAAUUUUCCAUCUCCUCAAUUACGCAUUGUGGUUUGAGGAUAACCUACUAGGGUGGUGUGCGGUCUUGAAUGCAAACUACUUGUAGUAUCGUCGCUCAUCGGGAUACAGGAGUUGACGCCAGGUGGUAGCCUCUGCAAACUGAAGGACUUUUGGGAAAAGAUGGAGUUCGACUGUUAUCAACCGUAUUUUUUCGAAGAUUUCGACACCAAGGAAGACUUUUACAAGUCCACCGCUCCCAGCGAGGAUAUAUGGAAAAAGUUCGAGCUGCUGCCAACCCCUCCCAUGUCGCCCACCCGGACGCUCGGUGGUGCGGCCAUGCUCGUUUCCCCGGGCGACAAACUCAGCUGGCUUUCCAAGUUCCUGGGCCAGGACGACGAGUACGAAGGACAGUUCAUCCCGGACACGGAGGAGCUCUUUGGCAACCUCAGCUCCAUCAUUAUCCAGGACUGCAUGUGGAGUAGCUUCUCUGCAAGGGGCCAGCUGGAGAAGGUCAAUAACGACCGACUGUCGGCCAUCCAGAAUCGAGGACUACUCCCCGCGCCCCAGAUCACGGGGAGGGCCACUAAAGCGCAGUGCGCCUCACCUGAUGCGUCACUGGCCACUGCCUUGGCGACAGACUGUGUUGACCCCGCGGCGGUUCUCACAAUCCCAACAAACAGCUUUAGGAAACCGGCUUCGUCGGGCUCAGAGUCUCGGACGGAUUCCUCGGACGAUGACGAGGAGGAGAUUGACGUUGUUACCGUGGAGAGCAAGCAGAACCGCGGGCGUGUAGCAAGGACGCAAAAACCCGAGACCCUCACGGUCCGUGCAGACCCCUGUCCCGCCCGCUUCCACCUGUCCGUCCACCAGCAGCAACACGACUACGCCGCGCCCUCCCCGGACAGUGACGCGGAGCUGGACGACGAGGAUGAAGAUGAUGAUGAUGAUGAUGAUGACGGCGAGGAAGAGGACGACGAAGAGCCCCAAAGGAAGCGCAGUUGCAUGGAGUCCUCCUCUGCGUCCCUGGCCGGUUCCUCCUCGGACACGCCUGGCAGCUCGGACAACGAGGACGUGGACCGCCGGCGGAACCACAACUUCCUGGAGCGUAAGCGGCGCAACGACCUGCGCUCGCGCUUCAUGGCGCUGCGCGACCAGGUCCCGGGACUGGUGGAGUCCGCCAAGACCCCCAAGGUGGCCAUCCUUACCCAGGCCACGGAGUACCUGGACCAGCUGCACCAGCGCGAGAAGCAGCAGGCCCAGGAGAAGAAGAGGCUGAAGGGGCGGCAGCAGCAGCUGCUCCGCAGGCUGGUGGACCUGCGGCGCACGUGAGACCCAAAGAGGACCGAGAGGAGCCAAGGACUUUAGUGUUUGUUUGAUACUUUGGGGGGGGGGGGGGGAUCCUAUGACUACUUGCCUUGUGUACAAAGCGUUGGACUUUAGUUUGACAAAUUGCCUCUUCAAAUCUCUGUGGGCCUCUUAGUGUGUGUGUGUGUGUGUGUGUGUGUGUGUGUGUGUGUGUGUGUGUGUGUGUGUGUGUGUGUGUGUGUGUGUGUGUGUGUGUGUGUGUGUGUGUGUGUGUGUGUGUGUGUGUGUGUGUGUGUGUGUGUGUGUGUUGGAUAUAUAGCUAUGACCAAUGUUUAUUCCCGGUAUGCUCUGUAUAGUUGCUCAAAGAACCUAUUUUGAAAAGAAAAUAUCUUCAUAAUUCACCUGUGCGUUAGUGUGAAUAUCUAUGUACCCUAUAGUGUCUGUGUGUGUCCAAACUUAAUUUUCCUUGAUGAAAUGACUCUGCAUUUCUUAUUGCACACUUGGAUUGGAGUUAAGUGUAAAAGCCAUCGUCAUGUACAUAAGAAUGAACGGGUGAUUCUGAUUUAGUUAAUUGUUCAAAUCUCUUUUUUUUUUUUAACUCACGUUUGUCAGUAAUUAGUUCAUUACUCCCUGGGAAGGAGGCAAAAUCAAAACUUGUAAAUGAACUUUGUUCCCUAUAUACCAUGCCGACUGGCACGUAGAGCUUCUAUUUUGUUAAGAAAAUGUAAACGGGGGCAAAAAGAAUUAAGUGGCACUACUGUACUUUAUUCACAAGUCACUUUGUGAAAUUCCGAAUGCUUUUUCUCCUGUUUGAUUUCGACGCAUAUUCAUAUCGCCAGCUCAUAUUGCAUUAAAUUUUGAUACAUUUGCAUAUAA